UGGGUGUGGUAACGCUGACGGAAUCUGCACGGAGCUCUCAUUACGCUGCCUCUUGUACGAGGAAACACCCUCCUCCGAAGCAGCAGGGUAACAGAGACUGCCUUUAAUAUUUCACCAGGCGUUUCUGAUGCGUUCUGAAUUUUCUUGCACAUUGCAUGGUGGUUUUAUCCAGUGUUGGCAAGGUCCACAUGAGAUUUCAUUUCUGAAUAACUGUUCCGCAAGUGCCACCUUUUGACAUGUCAUGUUGACGGGAUUAGCAGAGAGUCCUUCAAGCAUGUGCAAGCAAGAUAGCCCUUCUGACACAAGAUCUCAGUGUAUCAGCUACGAAAGGGCUGACCAGCUCUCGAUACCUGCUACUUCUGGCUGCAGUGUCUGGUCACUUAAUGUUGUCAACAUCACCAGGAUGUGCUCCCAGUAGCCACCAGAGGAGGAGCUCAGCUUGAAAUGAGAAGAUUUCUCAGGACUAAAACAUUUAGUUCAGAAACAGAUGGUGUUGGUGUCAAAUCAUUCAGGACUGAGUAACUGGACUGACGUUGCAGAAGGACAGGAUGUGGUUGAGAGUGAUGCGAAGGGGAACUCCGGCAUGGAUUUGGCAGUUUGCCACGGUAUUGGUUUUCCUGUGCAGUGUAGUAUCCUUGUUGUACAUGCUGGCGUGCACACCAAAGGUGGAAGAUGGCCAACCCUUGUUACCCAGGGUGAGUGGGCCAACUGGGAAAGACAACUUCAGGGUGUUGCUUGAAGAGCGUGAGGAACAACAUCGUAAUUAUAUCAACAGCCUGAAGAAGCAAAUAGCACAACUGAAGGAGGAACUGCGGGAAAGAAGUGAGCAGCUCAAGAUUGUACAUGACCGCUAUAGCGACUCGCUGGGAGGCAAAUUUGAUCCAAGCAAUCCAGCGAAAACACAAGUGGAUCUGUGGGAAUUUCUGCACUCCCAGAUUGACAAAGCGGAAGUCCACGCUGGUGUUAAAUUGCCGACAGAAUAUUCGGUGAUACCAUUUGAGAGCUUCACCCUCCAGAAGGUGUACCAGCUGGAAAUGGGUCUCACCCGACAUCCUGAGGAGAAACCAAUCCGGAAGGACAAACGGGAUGAACUGGUGGAAGCUAUUGAGGUUGCACUAGGGAUUUUGAACAGCCCCGAAGAUGAAGGAGCAGCAAACCAUCGGACGCACGCAGCUGCUGACUUUAUUGAAGGUAUCUACCGCACAGAGAAAGACAAGGGGACUUUAUAUGAGCUUACGUUCAAAGGUGACAGGGCCCAUGAGUUCAAACGCCUGGCUCUAUUUCGCCCCUUUGGCCCACUCGUGAAAGUUAAGAUGGAAAAGGUGGACACAAGCAACAUGCUGAUUAAUAUCAUUGUACCACUCGCAAAAAGAGCCGAUACAUUUCGACAAUUUAUGCAUAAUUUCAGGGAGGUGGGUGUUCGAAUGGAUGGCAGAGUUCACCUCACUGUGGUUUACUUUGGGACAGAACAAGUGAAUGAAGUAAAAGCCAUACUUGAAUAUGUGUCCAGAGAAGCAAACUACAAGAACUACACCUUCAUUCCCCUGGAGGAGGAUUUCUCCCGUGGGAAGGGCCUGGAUGUUGGUGCUCGUGCUUGGAAGGGAAACAAUGUCCUGUUGUUUUUCUGUGACGUGGAUAUAUACUUCACAGCAGAGUUUCUGAACACCUGCAGAUUGAACGCCCAGCCAGGAAAAAAGGUUUUCUACCCUGUCCUCUUCAGUCAGUACAACCCUGCAAUUAUUUAUGGACAUCAUGAUGCUGUUCCACCCAUCUUGCAGCAGCUGGUGAUUAAAAAGGAUUCCGGCUUCUGGAGGGAUUUUGGCUUUGGAAUGACUUGCCAGUAUAGAUCAGACUUCAUCAAUAUAGGUGGCUUUGACUUGGACAUAAAAGGAUGGGGAGGUGAGGAUGUUCACCUCUACCGCAAGUACCUCCACAGUGACCUGAUAGUGGUUCGAACGCCAGUCCGUGGACUCUUCCACCUCUGGCACGAGAAACAGUGUGUGGAUGAGCUGACCCCUGAGCAGUAUCGCAUGUGCAUGCAGUCGAAAGCCAUGAACGAGGCCUCGCAUGGACAACUGGGAAUGCUGGUCUUCCGUCAUGAGAUCGAAGCACAUCUGCGCAAAGAGCGACACAAGGUCAACAUGAAAAAAACAUAAGGGAAACCUGUGCUGCAUCACGUAUAGCAUCAAAGCACCCGACGCUGGUGAUGAUGUAGAAUGGAAGGAAAGUUCACACCAUGUCGUGCAAUUCAGACAGAGGGUACUUCUGGACUCCCCUGUGAAGUUGCAAUAAAUGCUUUGCUGCAGUGUUGGUCAAAACUAUUCGGAUGGCAUUUGCAGAUCCAAAUAUCUAGUCCUUCAAAAUUAAUGUGAAGUAUGAGACAAUGAACAGGAUGAUGGUAUUAAUGAUUAUUGACCAUGACAACACAACAGUGUUUGGGGGGUGUGUAUGAGGGGGAAGGGUUGGUGGACUGUAUUCUAUACAGAGUUGAAGUCCUCUUUUUUAACGAUUUACUGUGAAGAGUGAUACAGUAUUUUGAGGGCUAAUAUAGUCACUUAAGACAAUCAUGAAUCACAUGAAGGAGGAAGCUAAUCUGGUCCAGACUAGCUUAACAUGAUGUAACUUAAUGAAUCUACUUGAGUCCAUUCAAAUAGACUUUUACUAGUUUUAAUGUACUACCCACUUGUCCCUGAGUUCAAUUCACUAUCUGUUUUACUUGCCCUAAAACAUGUCCUUAAGGUCACUGUUUCAUGACUUUUUCAGGCUAUAGAUUGCUGGUUUCUUGAAAACUUUUGUCUAGGUGUUUGACAAUGGGAUUCUUGGUUUGUUUCCCUGCAUUGCCUUCAGUCAUUCACUGCCUCCCUGUGUCACAGGGCCAGAACUGAACAUGUUGAUCAAGGUGGAGACUGACUAGAACACUCUUAAAAGAAAAGUGUGCAUUCAUAAAGCACCUUACAAUCUCCCUCAAAGUUCUAAAUUGCUUCCUGGGCUAUGAUCUAUGUCCAAGUAUUUAUUUUAUAUUUGUUAGAAAUCAUCACAAUUUUUGAAGAUAAAAUUAGCUUUAUUUGUAACAUGUACAUUGAAACAUACGGUGAAACACGUUGUUUUGUGUUACAUCAAAUCUUCAAGGAUUUUGCUGGGCAGCCUGCAAGUGUUGCCAUGGUAACCCUAACUGUACAUCUUUGGAACGUGGGAGGGAAGACCAUACAAACUCCUUACAGACAGUGGCAGGAAUUCAACCCUGAUCCCAGCUGGUGUUGUGUUAAUCGCUAAGCUACCAUGAACAAACAGCAAAUCUCUCUUGAGAAGUAAUGGCUGAGUGAGGGAUGCUGGCUUGGCACAAGGGAUAUUUCUUGGCUUUCCCUUGAGAAUUUAUACAACUUCCUCUAACUUGUUCGACUGCCCAGUUUGGCAUUAUUGUUUGCUGCUGUACGGUGGCUGGAGCCAGGCUACUGAAACCCUGAAAUUAUCAGAAUGGCUGUGGGUGAUAUUGAAGGUAGAGUGCUUGAGACUUCUACUGCCUUUUUAAAAAUUCUUCAUAGGUGCAAUAUUCUGUACUGAGUAUCGUCUAUUGCCAUUUAUCAUGUAGGUUUUGGUUGUUUCCUUGGAUAAUAGGAAAGAUUGUUAUGAUUGGCUCCUUAUCAAUAGCUGCCACAAUAUACCAAGUGUAAAGUAGAAAACUAAAGUACAGAGUUUUUUGUUUUGAAACUAUCAGAAGUGAGGUCCAUACUCCAAGGAUCUGGCUGAAAAAAUCCACACAGUGAGUCGAUUCUCCUUGGAGCCGACAUAUUGGAACAAUUUUCAUUUCAAAUUAAUGAGUGGAAUUAAUGAUUCUGCAACCUUUCUCUCAACAUUUUAUUGCACUGUUUCUUGUUUGCUUUAUGACUUCUAGAUUGUGUGUGUGUGUGUGUGUGUGUGUGUGUGUCUGUGUGUGUUUGUGUCUGUGUGUUUAAAACCUUGUUAACAAAACUACACAGCAAAGAAACCAAGAAUAACUUGGUGAUUGAUGGAGUACAUUUUUCCAGGCAUCUCAGUGAAGACAGUGUUACUUCCAGUUUGUAUCUUUACCAUAUUUGGAAUCAUGAUCCACUCUUUCAUAAAAACCUUUGAUUGUUAUACCUUGGCCAUGGUAACAAAACCUGAGAUUCAAGUUUUAUUACCGGAUCCACGCAAGUAAUUCUGGUGGUGAAUUUAGUUUGGAUGUUUUGAGCCAUUUCCUGUUCAUAAUAUGCACAAGAGGAUCGUAACAGACUGUCCCAAAGCAUAGCUGUUCUAAGACUGACCAGGACAGUGAAGGGUAUCCAGAAUAUUUUUACAAUUAGUUCUUGGAACAUGGGUACUGACUAUCCAUCUGUAGGUACCUUUGAGCUAACGAUGGUGUGUAGCUGACUUGUAAACCAGUACAAUCCAUUCAGCCAAAGCAGUGAGGAUUUCCAUGAUUUUAACAAAGUGAUAAUUCAUAGAUGGUAGAAUGUGUCCAAAUCAGGAUUUUUUCCCAUUUGGAGGUAGUGGAGUUACCUUGUUCUUUUUUGCCUUCCAAGAUGGUGGGUCAGCCUUUAAACUUUUUUUUUGGUUUUCUAGCUCUUUCCUUUUCUUUAUGUGUUUGUAGCUAUGGCUGUUAGCAUUUGGCUAACAAAUAUCUUGCAGAUGUACAGUAUUUUAUCACUGAUGCUAUGGAGAGACCAAUGACUAGAUGCACAGAUUUCAGAUUGUCACCUGUCAAUCAAUCAAAACUCAUUCUCAACUACGGAAGAAAAAUAGGCAUGGAUUACUACAGCAGUUGGAAUUUUCUGGCAUUACACUGUGAGACUGACAGCAACCUCAGGUGUCAGUAAUUUAUGGAAUUCCACAUUUAUGGAUGCAAUCCAUGGUCCUCCACUCCUCCAUAAUGCACUGUUAAAUUCACUGCAGGUGCAUGCCCAAUUACUGGAUUGACAAGAACUUCAAUAUUUUUGCAAACAGCUUUCACUGUAAAAUCCCUGAAAAUGUUAUGUCUUGAUGAAUGAGAUGCAACUGGGUCCCUAAUAAUGAAUUUAAGCCAUAACGACAGCUAAACACCUCUUGGGCCCUGAAACUCUAAUGUUGUAUGUGCAGUUUUAUUUAAUCAAAUAAAGUACAGGCGACCCUACAUUAUGGUGUGUGUGUUUGUGUGUGUGUGUGUGUGUGUGUUUGGGGAACAGGUGGGAAUUGUGUACCUAGAAAACCGUCCAAAUUGCAAUUCUCCAUAACGCAAGGCAGUGUCAUCUGUGCACAUGUUAACAAAUGUUAAGUUGGAAGAAAAAUAAAUUUUGUUUUAUUUAUUUACAUUUUUCUGACAAAUUCUCUGAAAACGAGUUUUAUUCCACAAUGCAGAUUUUCGGGUAGUUGUGAAUUUUGUAAGGGCAAAUUUCCAUUUACCCAAAUGGCUGUAAUGCAGGAAUCACCUUUAUUUCCAACUCUUAAAAUGAUUUAAGUUACUUUUAUGUUUUGAAAAUUGUUUACAAUAUUUAAUUGUUAAAUUUUUCACUCUCAAUAGUUAAAAAUUAAGAAUAUUUUGCUACUUGGCUUGCUGUUUAAGAAUUCUUCAGUGUGAUUAGCUAUUUGGAUUGCUUGGUAAGAUCAGUGCUACUGGAUGCAGGUGAUCUGCUGUGGUGAUACCUGGCAUCAGCUAACUUUGGGAAAGGGGUAAUCCACAUGCUAGACCACUGGAGAACUGUGGGUAGGUUUCUUGAAGGAAGAUGACAGGUAUUGUUGUUGGCUAAAUCUAGGCCUUCAGGUUUGAGAUUUUCAAGAAGGACAAAGCCUUAUGGAUUUUAUUUCCCUUGGAGCAACUAUUUAUUGGGACCAUAAUAACUGAUUUUGUACUGAUUCUCAGGAGAACAGGGUUGGAAAGGGGAAAACAUAAAUUGUUACCAAAGGCUUGUGAUUUAAUCCUGCUCUUAUUAAAUCUCAUUUGCACUUUACAAUUGUACUUUCAAUGUUUAUGAAAAAAAUACAGAGGAUUUAUUCUUCCAGGUGAUUAUCAAAGUUGGAGAUUUUGUAAGGCACGAUAGUCAUCAGUGGUGAUUUCUGAGAAAACCCCUACAGGUGUACAGUAUAAGAUUUCCAUUUGACCUUUUAGUCUGUCAUCUCUACCUUGCCUCCUUGAUAGGUGGGCAGAUUCAAGCAUUGACUGUACUGUUUCUGAUGCAUUGUCAGCACUGCCCAUGUACUGGUUCCCAUUUAUCUCAAUCGUGAGGAGCUGAGCAGCCUCAUAACCUUUUCCUUCAAAGUCAACAGCUCUGUGUUACUGGUGAGGAGGAGAGGGGAAGAGAAGGAACGAAGGCAAAAAACAGAUAUCUUCCUCUCUUUGGUAAGAUUGGACUCAGAAUAAAUUGAUUGCCCUAGAGUAUUUUUAAAAACGUGUUAAAUAAGUUUUGUAAAUUUCCUUGAGCCAAACAUGUUAAUAAUUAAAAUCUAUGCAAUAUUGUACAGUAAUGUAAUCUGUUGAUUUAUCAGGUCUGUGGAUUGCGGUUCAUAUUUUUGAAACUGUUUAGUACUUCAAUGCUAAGAAGUGUCAUGUUUAAGUGAGCUACAU